CCCAGACUGCAUAGCCUAUUUGAAGCUUGAUGUUUUAUAGGGGCGUGGCGUGCAUCGGUCCAGGGUGAUGACUUACUGAAUUCACUCAUGCAUGGUCACACAAUGUGACAGUCGCGAUGGCUGGGAAUGGGAGUGAGCUGCGCUUCGCGGAAACCCAUCUUCAAGUUCAAUUCGUCUCGAAAAACUAACUUUUCUUGCUCAAAUUUGGCGGCGAAUCCAUGUGUGAAGUUUGUGAAUUAAUAACUUGGCCUGGCUGCAUUUAAAAGAGUUUGGUAAACUGGCAGAGGUGCCAGGAUUUGGUGAAGAGGGGAGGGUACCAGCUUCCCUGGGAGGUCUGUAGGCUAUCCGACACACUCAAAAUAUGGCACCAAUGGCAGAUGGAUAUUGCUUUCCAUAUUUAAAUUGGGCAUCUCCUGUCUAAGGUGUCAUAUUUAUUCUGAACCCUAGUCGAUGGAUUUAUUACCCUCAAUACAAGAACAUUUGAACUGUACUUUCUCCCUAGGGUAUAAAUCUUGAAGCAUGGGUGACUGGAGCUUUCUGGGGCGUCUGUUGGAGAAUGCACAGGAACACUCAACAGUAAUCGGCAAGGUCUGGCUGACUGUCCUCUUCAUCUUUAGGAUCCUGGUGCUGGGAGCGGCAGCCGAGGACGUGUGGGGCGACGAGCAGUCUGACUUCACCUGCAACACACAGCAGCCUGGGUGUGAGAACGUCUGCUAUGAUGAGGCUUUCCCCAUCUCGCACAUCCGCUUCUGGGUGCUGCAGAUCAUCUUUGUGUCCACGCCCACCCUCAUCUACCUGGGUCACGUACUGCACAUUGUCCGCAUGGAGGAGAAGCGGAAAGAGAAGGAGGAGGAGCUGCGAAAGGCCAACAGACUCCAGGAGGAAAAGGAACUCCUUUACAAUGAAGGAGGGGAUGCAGGGGGAGGGGGAGGUGGUAAAAAAGAGAAGCCACCUAUCAGGGAUGAGCAUGGCAAGAUCCGCAUUAGGGGUGCCCUGCUGCGCACCUAUGUGUUCAACAUCAUUUUCAAGACCCUUUUUGAAGUGGGGUUCAUUUUAGGUCAAUAUUUACUUUAUGGCUUCCAGCUGAGGCCGCUAUACAAGUGUGCACGGUGGCCCUGCCCCAACACUGUGGACUGCUUCAUAUCUAGGCCCACUGAAAAGACGAUUUUCAUCAUAUUUAUGCUUGUGGUGGCUUGCGUGUCUCUUUUGCUGAAUUUGUUAGAGAUCUAUCACCUUGGGUGGAAGAAAGUUAAACAGGGAAUGGCCACCCCUGAUCAUGUGUUGUUGCCACGCUCUGAUGGUGUGGGGCCGGAGUCCAUAACUUCUGCCCCCAGAACUGCCCUUCCCAACCUCAGCUACCCACCGACGUACACGGACGUGACAGCUGGGAGUGGUGCGUUCCUGCGGCCCAAGGUAGAGGCCACCCCGGCAGAGUUCAAGAUGGACCCCCUGCAGGAGGGGCCCUCGUCCUCCUACUACAUGAGCAUCAACAACAACCAAAGGCUGACCACGCAGCAGAACUGGGCCAACCUGGCCACCGAGCAGCAGACUCGGGAGAUGAAGGCCACAUCCCCGUCCUCCUCCCCUUCCUCCGCCCCCUCCUCUGAUAGUAAGCAGCAGCCUUGUAAUGCUGCUCCCCCCACCACCAGCCCCAGCUCCAGCUCCAGUGGGGGCAGUUUGAGUGGGGGGAAUGUUGAUCAGGAGGAAGGCCACGUCACCACCACAGUGGAAAUGCAUGAGCCCCCCGUCAUGGUCACAGACCCUCGCCGGCUCAGCAGGGCCAGCAAGAGCAGCAGCAUCAGAGCCAGGCCCAACGACUUGGCAGUUUAGUCAGUCCCCCUAAAUACACCUCCAACCUUCCAAAGCCCUCCCAACCACCCCAAUGAUUUUUCUAUAAAAAAAUGAUUUAAAAAAAUAAAUAAUAAUAAUUGGAGGCAAUGUGAGGCAAGGGUCUGGAGUUGUUGCCAAAUAUAUAUAUAUUAACAGCAGUUAAUAUCAGUGCAAUUGGUGAGUUGUAGCAUAUGCAUUAUGAUACAAAAAAAUGUGCAGUGUGAUUGUGCAAUGUGCGUUAAAAUGGUCUCACAGGCCAAAGGCUUCAAUAUACUGGACAUCAGGGGACUUUAGGGUUCUCAUUCCACUUUAAAAUGGCCAAGUAACUUUUUUGUUUGAAUUCGGUUUCAAUGGCCUAGUAUGUGUCAAUGUGCUCUUGUCAACAGUGGUUGUUGUUGUUGUGUUUAUUUGAUGAACAUAAAAGCCUAUUUAUUCCAAUUAGGAAUGAUACUGUACAUUCAUCAAGUCGUUGAGAUCGAUUGGCAAAUUGCUGAGAACCAAUUUCGAAUAAAUCUGUAAUGUGGAACAAGUA